AUGGAAUCUCUACGCCCUGCCUAUCCGGCUCCUCGCCGCGUCGCAACUGCCCCGAUACCAGCACACAUGUCACGCCCGGCACCGUCCACAUCGGCCGGUGGCCUAGUCGAGACACUAUACAACCACCCAAAUGUCAAGAUCGUAGCAUUCGCUGCUGCAUCCAGAGGCCGAGCUCGGAGUCCAGGUCGCGGCCCUUCAGAUGAGCCCGGCUCUUUGUCUGCCCACUCGCAGCUUGAGAGGACGAUUGCCAUUGGGCCGUUCCGAAUAUACCGUACAGGAUCCGUCGCCUUCUUGAACUGCGGCUCUGCUCUGCAGCCAAUGUUACCCAAAAGCCAAUGCUGGGCCCUCGCCGAAGACUCUAGCAAAUUCGUCCUACAAAUUCGCCGACCCAAUUACUGGAGGAUUGAGAUUCCCGUCACCAACGCCGAUGAACAGGAACUGGCUGCGGCACUGAAGGGUGUCUGGGAUCAAAUAUUGCAAUUCGAGAAGACGGAAUGCCCUUUCAAACGGUCCUUCACGGUCAUCCUCCCCGAGAAACCAAAGACACCCGUGAAAAAGCGACCAUGGACACCCCCGGUUAAACGAGCCCUACCCGUCCUUUCGACCCCAGCUCACGAAGUCGAGGUAUCACCGACGCCAAAAGCUUUGACGCCAAAUACUGGCAGGAGAGCUUCGACAUCUUCCCUCCGCGGCCGAAGCGAGCAACGCCGGCUCUCCACUAUCAGCAAUGACUUUCACUCAAGCUCAAGAUCCUGUGAUCCGAGUGCCGAGAUAUCGAAAGCGGCAGAGCCCACGGAUGCCGCGCUGACUCCCACAGCCGAGAGACCAGCAGAAUUGAAGAUUCCGAAGCGCGGAGCGGAGGUAACCCGCAAUAUCGCUAGCAACAAUAUGGCUCAAGAGGUGACCGAUGAGGAAGGUCCUACGUGUGACGUGGUCAAGAUGGAAAAGACGGAGCCAAAGGGGAGUCACGAAGAAGCCACAUUCGAGGACUCAAUCGCUGAGGAAGAGGAGCCCGAAGAUGAGGUUUGCCGAAAAGAUCUGACGGUUCCCGCCGAGGAGCCAUCAGCAAAGUCACCAGGAGUUCAAGUUACGAAUGGUGACAUUGGCGGCAUUGAUGCACAAAGCAACGCUGGCGAAGAGGUGACUGCCGCUGCGGUCUCACCAGCAUUGCAUGCCGCACCGCUACAAGCACCUGUGACAGUACCUUCGACGGAGAUGGUCGAUCGCGAAGAGGACACCCAGGGCCCUGAGGUUCCCCAAGUUUCCAUCAAAGUCGACGACUCAUUGACCCAGCCAAAGGAAAGCAAGACAGACACCCAGGUGGAGACUCUGGUGACUGUUGAGCGGCCAGUGACUGGUCAUAGGCUGCCAAACGACAUCAAGGAACAGCUCGUCACUGUGGAGGCAUUGCCCAAAACACCUCUGUCGGCUGAGGCAAGCACACCGACGCCCACUAACAUUUAUGACGUGAUCCGGAACUACGAGAUCAAGAUGGCCGCUGCGGUUCCCGAGUCUACGCCGGCCACUAAACCUGUCGCCGAGCCCGAGGCUGUUUGCGAGAAGUCAGCGAUAGAGACGAGGAAUACCAGCGGGAAUGGGUCAAGCAGCGAAUCACAGUCCGCGACAGACGAAGAGACAGUUCUCGAAGGCAGUGGGGUUGUGGGUAGCAGAAGAAAGAAGCUUCGCGGAUUCAGAGCCGGCAGGGCUCUGGUUCCCCCACAAUUGACCCUUGUUACCUCGCCACCGUCAAAGUCGGCCAUGAGAUCGACUCCGAUUCUGGAUGAAGCAACUUCACCAACUGGAUCUACAGAUUCGUUCCACAGCUCAAAGUCAUGGCACUCGCCCGCUCAGUCGCCAAUUACGCCUGUCCCAAGAUCUCCUGCCUCAGACGUGUCCCCAACGAGGUUCCCAUACCCUCACGACAAUAUUCUUAUUCCUAAGAAGCCUUGGCACUACCGCGACAUUUCCGAUCUGACUGUGACACCGGAGACUCGGCGAACUUGGGAUGCGACUUCGUCUCUGACCGACGACAGCUCGUUGGAGAGCGCUGCUACUGCGCCAGACAUGGUGUCUGAGGUGGUUGAGCAGCCUGACAAGGUUGCUCUUUCCGAGGACGAAGCAGCAACUACAGCUGUCGUGCGUCGCCCGUACAUUCGACACAGAUCAACCACCAGCAGCAUCUCCGUCGGCCGCAGAGCGCUCUCCCCUCUGCCGACGGCGGCCAACCUUUUUGCGCCCACGAGUACCCAGGCCAGGUACCACCCCCUGAGAAGCCGCCUGGAACUCGUCCGCAGACUUCCCAUGGCCAUUGUAUCCAAGACCUGCGAGGUUCUUCUGGGUCCGCCGAGUCAUCUCAUUGCGCUGAUGCUCCAGGUGGCUGCUAAGAUCGCCGCCGGGCAGUGGCGCGGUAUGAUGUUCGGGUUCGGCGAGGGCGGCGAGACGAUCCCCGUGCAGUGGGACUACUCUGACGACGAGUACGAUAGCUGGGGCGAGAACGACGAUUAUUAUCUCAGCCAAGUCGAGUCAUCGCGUGCGAAUAGCGUGAUUGGCACCGACGACGGCGAGAAUGACGAGGCCACCGACAACGCGAACGGAACGGGUCGCGGGUGGGAGGUUGACUGA